AUGGCAUCUUCACCCAUGGCCAUGGAUUCCUUGACCAUUGAUGAAAUCUGGAAAGACUUUCGUAACAACGGUGUCACCGUAGAGAUGGACGAAUUCGAUUGGAUACAAUUUAAUUCUCGUCGGAGAUUUAUCAAUUCGAACGAGGAACCCAUCACAGAGGAGGAUAUAGAAUUCCAAGAGGAGUUGGACAAGAUUCGAUUGUCACUGAGACGCCAGAAACCUCUGGGAAACAAAAAGCACUGCGUCUUUUGCAAAAACAACAAGGAAGACGUGAAGGUAUAUGCUACCCACCUUCUGAAACACGCCAACGGAGAUGUCAUUUGCCCGAUCCUGAAAAAAUACACCUGCCCAAUGUGCUCUGCAACAGGGACCAAAGCCCACACGGUCAAGUACUGCCCUCUCAACGAUGGUCUUGGCACAGUGGACUACAUCGUGAAAACUCCCAUAGGGAGAAAAAGAUUCUAAUGCAACCUAACAGUGUAAAUUGGCUACUGUCAGUCAUUUGGUGAUAUUAAUUGUGAACAUUAAUUAUUUAAAUGUAUAGGAUCAAA